CAAUGGUCAAAAUUGGUAUUAUUUGUAAAAGCUACGCGGUAAAAUAGACUCGUAGAUUUAUAUGCUGGAGCUCAGUAUAACUGUCCUAAAUUGGUUACAUACUGAUUCGGAAUCUAUUCUGAAUCGACCCGCGAAAAAAGAAUAUUAACGAAAAUGGAUGUUGAUGAAGACGAUUUUAUGGAAAUUGAUGAUUCAAUUCCGGCAGCUCGUAUAAUCGAACGUAAAGCUGAUGAAUUCCCUACACCUCUACAACAAAUCAACCAUAUAAUAGAUCCCAAAGUUUAUCCAACCCCACAAAAUACGUUAAAACAAAACGACGUUACGGCUAAAGAAUUAGCAGCUGAGAUAAUUAGUUCAAAUGAGAAUAUAACAAACAACUUACUUGGUGAUACACCGGUAGAUAAUACAACAGACAAACCAGUAGAGUCUGCCGUUGAUGAUGUUGUUGUUUUGGAUGAUGAUGAGGAACCUAUGAAGGAAGUUGAGGAACCAGUGGCAAACAAUACCGCUGAAAUAAAUCCAGUAGAAGACAUAAUUGAUUUAGUUGAUAAACAUAAUAGCGUCCGGUGUUUGAACAGCAGUUGUGCUGGUACUGAUUUCGAUUUUAUUCUGGCACCAGAUUUCUGCUUAUCUUAUUACAGAGUAAAACGUUCUAAAAGUUUCAAAGAAGAGAUUUGUCAAAAUUGCUACUUCAAAUCCAUUCAGGACUUCGAUAACCUCUGUACCCAGUUAAAAAAUAAGGAAUCAGUUCUUAAAUGCGAUUAUCCUCUAAUCAACGAAACUUUACAAAUCGAAGAUAGCGAUGACGAGGAGGAAGAAGAUAAAGAAAACGUCGAAUAUAUAGAUCAAGAAAAAUUCGAUUUUAUCAGCGAAAAUAUUGAUGAUAUUAUUGAAAAGACUCUAGUUAAUUACAGAGUUAAAAAUCGAUAUAAAAUGGAAACUGAUUUUGUGAAAUAUGAAAACAAAAAAUUAGAAAAGGAUUAUGAGGAAAUGUCGAAAUCCGUUACAGAAAUUAGAUACUUCUUAGAUCGGAUACAAUUGGAUUUAUAUAAUUACUUCCGGCCCGAUUUUAAAAUAUUGAAAGGUCUUUCAAUAACAGACGAUCAUACAAUUUCUCCUAAUAUAACUAUUCGGACUGAAGCAGCAGCUGAUUUGAGCCCAAGGAAAAGUACCAGGUCUCACAAACCGGUAUCUUAUGUAGAAUUGGACGAUCUGGGGAAUUCGAACAGUCCGAAAGUAGCACCACCCCAAGAUAUCGAAAUACCAAAAGACUUACCACCAGCUUUACCAAUCGAAAGAGUUGAUCCGAAAAUUGGUGAUAUAUUUUAUAUAGCGAGAGAAAAUUCCCAGACUACUUGGGUAAAGGGACGUUUACAAACGAUCAUAUUACCAGGUAGCAUUUACAAUGGCCAAUCAUACAUGACUACUUAUUAUAAAUUAAUUGAACUGAAACAACAAAAAGAACGUAUAGUUAGCGGCAAAAAUAUAGCUUGGUUGCAUUAUUGUAAAUACCGUUUACCUGUUGGUACAAGGGUAGUUUCGAUAUUUAAAGAAGUGGGUAAUGUAGGAGAGGCUAAGAAACCCAGAAAUGAUCCUUACUACGCUGGAAUCGUGGGAGAACAACCUUUCGAGGGAAAUAGAUUUAGAUAUUUAAUAUUUUUCGACAUUGGUUAUUCUCAAUAUGUGAGUUAUUUGAGUGUAAACCUGGUUUUGGAAGCCAGUCCGAACGUUUGGGAAGACCUACACGUGGAAUGUAGACCGUUCAUAAAAAAAUAUUUAGAAAGUCAAGACAGACCUAUGGUGAAAUUAGCCAAAGAUCAAACCGUGAAAGUUGAAUAUAAAGGUAAAUGGUGGUUGUGUACUGUGGUUAAUGUGGAUUGUUCGUUGGCACAAGUGUUCUUCGAUGGUUUAAAUAGAACCGAAUGGAUUUACAGGGGUUCCUCUAGGUUGAGUCCGUUAUUUAGAGAAGAACAAGCCGCUACAAACCGACAUACCGGAGUUCGAACUUCAAGGAAAAUAGGACAUAAUGAAUCUGCAACUGUUGUGCAAUAUACCAGAAACGACGACUACGUACCCACCAGUCAGGCUCAAAAUCAAGAAUCUCCAACGAAUAACGUUAGAGCGGUUGCCAGGAAAAGUACCACUAGGCCACAAAAUAACAUACCGGUACCUAGUGCUGUACCAUUCCUUCCACCGGUUAACAAUACUCCCGUCAACAUGACAGGACCAACCAGCAAAAUCAUGUAUUUUACACCACGGGACCAAGUAAUAAUAAAACGAGAAUACAAACCGCACACUUGUUCCGUUAAAUGCAAGGAGUUCCUUACACACAACUUUAGUCAACUUCGCGGACAUAACCCUCUGUCUAAACCAUUAUUGUGCGGUUGGGGUCGGAUGUCGAUGAAAGGGAAAGGUAGAAAAGAAAUUGUUUAUAAAGCACCUUGCGGAAGACAGCUCAGAAAUAUAGCAGAAGUUCAUUAUUACCUUCGAGAGACCAAAUGUGAAAUGACGGUGGAUUUAUUCGAUUUCAAUCACAUGGUUAGGUGUUUGGCGGAAUUCAGCGUCGAUUGUGUACCGGAUCCAAAAGAUCUAUCUAGAGGAAUGGAACAAGUCCCCAUACCCGUUAUCAACGGAAUCAAUAACGAAAUGUUAGAUUUCUGUAAUUAUUCCAUAAAAAGAGUUCCCAUGGAAGGUGUCCACAUGAAUUUAGACCAAGACUUUUUGUGCGGUUGUGAUUGCGAUGACGAUUGUAUAGACAAAACCAAAUGUUCUUGUUGGAAAUUAACAUUGGAAGGUGCCAAAUAUAUUGGUAAAGAUAUCGAUCCAAAUUCUGUUGGUUAUAUAUACCGACGUUUACCGGAACAAGUAAUUACAGGAAUUUAUGAAUGUAACAGUAGGUGUAGCUGUUCUUCUACUUGUCUAAAUAGAGUAGUCCAGAAUCCGAUGAGUUUGAAACUUCAAGUUUUUCGAACUCACAAUCGAGGUUGGGGCAUUAGAUGUUUGAAUGACGUUCCGCAGGGUAGCUUCAUUUGUAUAUACGCCGGUACAAUCCAUACGGAAGCCAUGGCAAACGAAGAUGGUAUGGCAUACGGAGACGAAUAUUUUGCCGAAUUAGAUUAUAUAGAAACAGUUGAAAAAUACAAGGAAGAUUAUGAAGCCGAAGUAAUAGAAGAAGAGGAAGAAGAAAGGUACAAUCAAAGAAACACACCACCAGAAGACGAAGAAGAAGAAGAAUCUUUUACCAGAUUCAGUAAUGGAAAAUAUAGGAGAUACAACUAUUCAGAAGAUAACGAUUUCACACCUAGUCAUCCUGACAGGAUAACGGCCAGAAUGGCAGAAAAUAGUAUCAGGACAAGACUUAGAAGACGGAACGAAGAAGAUGCAAAAUUGGAAACAGAAUCUAAAAAGGAAGAUAAUAAAACCGAAACCAAGCAAGAUUCGUCGGUAAAAGUGAAACAGGAAAUAGUAGAACCUAGAACUGAUUUGAAAACAUCAUUAGAAGGAUUAUCCUCAAAUAUUGAAACUGUUACAAUUAGCGAUGAAGAAGACGAGGGUAGAGAAGUUUUGAGUUUCAAUCCCAAAGCGAGUGGUUUAGAUGAGAAAGGACCUAAAUACACGUCGGUUAGAGAAUUAUUCGGAGACGACGAAUGCGUAUACGUAAUGGACGCCAAAAAUGCCGGAAAUAUAGGGAGAUUUUUAAAUCAUUCCUGUUCGCCGAACGUAUUCGUCCAAAACGUAUUCGUCGAUACUCACGAUCCCCGUUACCCGUGGGUAUCGUUCUUUUCGUCUCAGUUCAUAAGGGCCGGUACUGAACUGACGUGGAAUUAUAAUUAUGAUAUAGGAAGCGUACCCGGCAGAGUUCUAUACUGCCAUUGUGCUUCUUUAGAAUGUAAAGGUCGUUUAUUGUAGGUUAUCAUUGAAAUUUGUUGAAAUAAUUAGUUCGAUUUGAUUAAAUCGGUGGCAAUGAUCGGAAUAAUAGACACUCGUUUAUUUGGCAAACCUUUUUUUCCAUUUUAUCUAUUGUAUGUUUCCUAAAUGAACGAAAAACAGUUUUCCCAUAGAUUUCAUGACCGUACAGACACAGUAUAUUCAGAUUCUUUUUAGUUUUCUUCUUUUUUGUCAGUUUUUCUUUAAUUUUCUUCUUUGUGUCAGUUUUUCUUUAAUUUUCUUCUUUAUUUGUCCGUUUUCCCAAGUUUCUUCAGCUUUUUUUAUUUGCCAUUGUUUGCUUUAGCUUCCUUUCAAGGUUUCUUCUCUAUUAUAGACAUUUUUUUAUUUGUUACACUUUUCCCUAGAACAAAUUCAGCGUCUUAUUAGUUUUCUUCUCUAUCGGUCAAUUUCUUUUCAGUUUUCUUCAGCUUCUUUUCAAUAUUUUUCUUAAUUAGGAAAUUUUUGCAGCUUUCAAUUUUUUUAUUUGUUACAGUUUUCCCCAGCUUUUCUUUAUUUGCCAGUUUUUUCAGAUUUUCUUCUUUAUUUGUCAGUUUCUUCCAGUUUCUCUAUUUUUCAGUGUUUCCCUCAGUUUCUUCAACUUCUUUUUAGUUUUAGUUUUCUUUGUUUAUCACUUUUUUCAGCCUUUCUUAAUUUUUUUCAUUAUUAGAAAUUUUUUGCAGCUUCUUUAUUUGAUUUCGUUUCCCCCAGUUAGUAUCCUUCUUCAUUUAUUAGUUUUCCCCGUUUCUCCAACUUUUCCCCAGUCUUUUUAAUGCAGUUUCUUCUAGCAUCUAUUUUCCUUUUGAUUUGGUUCAAGACUUCGGUUGUUGUAAAGAAACAAGAUCAACCAGUGGAACAUGAGAUCCGGGUGGUGAUUUUAUGUCUAUUUGGUCAUUUUUCUUAGUUUCCUAUCUGAUUUUACUACUGAAUUCCGAUAAAGAAAUUGUCAUGUUGUUGCUUCAGUUGAUAUCUGAUAUACUUGAAUCAUAAUUUGGUACGAAAAUACAGCUGAAUGCCUCUACGAGGUUACUACGAUUUUUUCUAAUGAAAAUGCUUCGGUGAUUAUGGACUCAACUACCUAUUCCUUUAUUUGUAUUCCGGGAUGAUUUGUUACAUAUCUAUCAAUUGUGUUGCAAGAUACUAAACCGAAAACGUGGAGAUGCUGAAAUUUAUUACUGUUUGAAUUAACAGAAUUAGCCAAACACUCCAUUUAAUCAGUUUUACCUUAUAUUUUCUAUUAAUUAUUGUGUUUCGAGUGAUUUUUGAAAUUAUUUUCAGUUAUCACUACUUUUUAAUCCCUUUAUUUGAUUUAAAAUUUUUUCUUUAUUUAUAAAUAUGUCUAAUAAAAAAUAUAUAUAGUGAG